CAUCCCCACCCACAAAGGAUUUCCUUUUUAGUAGAAUUAUUCAUUUUGUUUGUAUGCUUUUCAAUAUUUCCAAAAGUCGCACAGUAUGAAAUAAUUUACUGUUAUAACAAUAUUAAAUUGCUGGUAAAAUGCUACUUGCGUUUUUACUGAGAAUAUACACGCUUUUCUCAACCAUGUUUUUCCGGAUUCCGACCUAUUUCCAAUUGACUCCUUCCGAAAAAGGAGGGAAGAUGUUUCCAUAUCUCAUUGAAGAAAAAGAAUGUAAAAAGUUACCCAAAAGUGAGUCGCCUAGUAGAAGAUGUUCAGUUGAUAGAGGGAUACCAGGAGAUAUUUCUUCUGGCCAACACAACUUUUCUCCCAGAAUUCAAAAUUCUGUGUCACCAUAUUCUAGUCCUCCAAAAUCUCCUAAUACAAGAAAAUCGAAUAAAUUAAAGAGGGACUCAGGGUUUUGCUAUAAAUCCGAAGCUGCCAAAAAGGUGGAGAUUAUAGCCAGAAACAGGGAUGAGCGCAGGCAAAAGCAAGCUGAUGAGAAAGCACACAGGGACCAACUUCAACACAUGGAGCACAAAAAUCCAUUUUACGAGUUUGUUCAAAUGAUAAAUGAAUAUAGAAACAAUAUAGAGUUUAGACCCCUAAGAGAGAGUGAUCCUGUAAUAGAAAAUCAAAUCACUGUGUGUGUGAGGAAACGGCCGCUGAAUGAAAAGGAAUUAUCUAGAAGAGAAGUCGAUGUAAUAUCAGUUCCUGCAAAAAAUCAACUCGUUGUUCACGAACCUAAACACAAAGUGGACUUAACGAAAUAUGUAGAUAAUCAACAUUUUAGGUUUGAUUAUGUAUUUGACGAAAACUGUGGCAAUAACUUGGUGUAUAAAUUUACUGCGAGACCACUGGUGAAGACUAUUUUUGAAGGAGGUAUGGCAACUUGUUUUGCCUACGGGCAGACAGGAUCUGGAAAAACACAUACUAUGGGUGGCGAAUUUAAAGGAAAAUUGCAAAAUUUUAAAAGUGGAAUCUAUGGAUUAGUAGCUCAAGAUGUAUUUAAGUACUUAAACAAGCCAAAAUAUGCUAAGCUGAACUUUACAGUCUCUGCUAGUUUUUUCGAAAUCUAUGGAAAAUUGGUGUUUGAUCUUCUAUCUAAAAAGAACAGAUUGCGUGUUUUAGAAGACGCAAAACAGCAAGUGCAAGUAGUUGGAUUAACUGAAAAAGUUGUUACUAAGGUGGAACAUGUAUUAGAUCUUAUUCAGAGAGGAAGUUUGGAACGAACUUCCGGUCAAACUUCGGCUAAUUCAAAUUCCUCAAGAUCACAUGCUGUCUUUCAAAUAAUUUUAAGAAGAAACGGUUCAAAAACUGCCGAAGGAAAGUUCUCUCUUAUAGAUUUAGCUGGAAAUGAACGAGGAGCCGACAACAAUAAAUCAAAUCGACAAACACAAAUAGAAGGAGCCGAUAUUAACAAAAGUUUGUUGGCAUUAAAAGAAUGUAUACGAGCUCUAGGAAGAAAAGGAGCACAUCUUCCAUUUAGAGGUAGUAAACUGACGCAAGUUUUAAGGGAUUCUUUCAUUGGAGAAAAUUCUCGAACGUGUAUGAUAGCUCUAAUAUCACCUGGAAACUUUUCAGUGGACCAUACGUUAAAUACCUUAAGAUAUGCUGAUAGGGUGAAAGAAUUAAUAGCCAGUGAUGUACUUAUGGACGACGAAUUAAUAAUGCCUCUUCCUGAAACAGAAGAUGAUGACGAUGCAGAAGACGGAUUUGACAUAGAAGAAGAGUUUUUAAAAGCCGAAGAAAAACGUCUACAACUUUCGUCUUUAGAAUGGGAAUUACGCGAAAGCCAGCGAAACGUCAUACAAAGUUGCGUCGACUUCCAUGAAAUGGCAUGCGAUCUAUACAACUCUCAUGCAUGCGAUUCUAAUGGUAGCGAUAGAAUAUUGUAUGCCCGACAAUGGAAAAAAUUACUUAAUGAUGUAAUAGAUGUACAAAAAGAAGCACUGAUUAAGGCAAAUGAGUUUUGUAGCGCGCUAGAUCAAUGAAUAUAUUAUAUGUAAUAUGAUUUGAAUAAAUGUGAUUUGAAUUAUUUCGGAUUAUUGCAAUAAAUGUUUACUAUUUUUUAA